GGGCAGUAGCGCGCAGCCUAACGCCACUUAUCGCCCUCAGGAAAAUAUAACGACGAGGAAGAUUUUAGCAUCAACAGUGCGAGACUAGCAGAGAUUUUUUUUUUUUCUUGGCCCAGUUAUUUAGCGGUGCGGCCAGUGACAAAGCUUUGAAAAAAAUGGACACGAGAGCCUGGAGGAAUCCGUAUCACGACUAUGACGGCAACCCCGCGUCCACACAGGCGCUGUUUGACUGCCAGGGGAAGCUCACAGCGGAGUUCGCCCAGCGGCUGAGCAGCAAGAUCAGCGAGCUGCUGGCUGUCAUGGAAAACGGGCUGAAGUCGGCCGACCCGAGAGAUUGCACCACUUACACCGGCUGGGCAGGCAUCGCUCUGCUCUACCUGCACCUCCACAACGUGUUCAGGGACGACUCCUUGCUCCAGAGAGCUCUGGAAUACGUCAACCGCAGCCUGAAGUGUUUGACCCGACGUCAUGACGUCACCUUCCUGUGCGGGGACGCAGGGCCCCUCGCUGUAGCUGCAGUGGUCUACCAUCGCCUGCAGAGGGUGCAAGAGACUGAUGAGUGCAUCAACAGACUGCUGCAGUUUCACCAGAACGUGGUGAAAGGUGCCGGCGGGCUGCCUGAUGAGCUGCUCUAUGGCCGGAUGGGUUUCCUCUACUCCCUCGUCUUCAUCAACCAGCAGCUGGGGCAGGACAGGAUCCCACUGCAGUACAUCCAGCAGAUCAGCGAGUCCGUGCUGGUGUCAGGCGAGCACCUCAGCAGGAAGUUCCGGGUCCAGAACCACAGCCCUCUGAUGUACGAGUGGUACCAGGAGCAGUACGUCGGCGCCGCCCACGGCCUGGCUGGCAUCUACUACUACCUCAUGCAGCCCGGCUUCGUCUGCGUGGAGGAGUACGUCCACAGGCUGGUGAAGCCCAGCGUCGACCACGUCUGCCGCCUCAAGUUCCCCACGGGGAACUACCCUCCCUGCAUUGGGGACGACCGCGACCUGCUGGUGCACUGGUGCCACGGCUCCCCGGGGGUGGUGUACAUGCUCCUGCAGGCAUACAGGGCCUUCGGCGUACCCCAGUACCUGGAAGACGCCCUGCAGUGCGGCGAGGUGGUGUGGCACUGCGGCCUGCUGAAGAAGGGCUACGGCCUGUGUCACGGUGCGGCGGGUAACGCCUACACCUUCCUGGCCCUCUACCGGCUAACGCAGGACCCCAAGCACCUUUACAGAGCCUGCAUGUUUGCAGACUGGUGCAUGAACUACGGCAAACAUGGAUGCCGAACACCAGACACUCCCUUCUCACUUUUUGAAGGCAUGGCGGGCACCAUCUACUUCUUGGCUGACAUCCUGCAGCCAAUGAAAGCGAGGUUCCCGGCCUUUGAGGUCUAAAGGUUUCCCCCACAGGUAGUCCUCCCCGCCCCUCCCUUCCUUCCCUUCCCCCCCCCCCCCCACUCCACACUGUGGGAAAAUAUAACAAGGAGAAGACCCACACUUUUGCUCUCUGUCACACUCAUGCAUGAAAGCACCACAUUCACAACAAUCGACAUUGUGCCAUGUUUUUUCCUGCUCUACUUUACCGGGAACUUUACAUGUUAUUAACGGGAUAAAUCCUAUACUCGCAUCUCAACUACAUCAUUGUCUCAAAGAUAUGUCAACGGUGAGAGCUUGCCUCGGUUUUUCGUUCCUCUUUUGUGUAUAAAAUAAUUAAAUUCUGUGGCUGUUGCUCAGAUUGUGAUUUCUUUUUGAGGGUUUCAGCAAAAAGGAAGGAAACUAGUUUUCCGGCUGUCAAAAAACCAUAAAUAAAACAACAAAACAUAACAAAAUAUUGUGUUUAAAACUAAAUGGUGUUCAGCUAACACUCAGCAACUGUAUAUUUGCUAAUCUGUAAGCUUGAUAUGUUAAAGACGGAAAUGGAUGCUUUGGUUUUGUUUUUGGUUUUCUUUUUCAGAGUCAACAGCAAAGCUAGUAACAACGCACUAAAUAUAAUACAGUCCAAGCUGUGCCAUGUGUUAAGGGAUUAACCCCGGAGUGUAAACUGUUGCCUGUCCUUUGCACUGUCUGAGCAAUAAACCAUGUGUCUUUUUACAGCUGUC